AUGGGAGCGGCUGGCGUUUGUUUGUAAGAAUUUCGAAUUUUAUUCAUUCUUGUGUUUUCAUACUUGAUAUUGACUGACAACUGUGGCCGGAACAAUUUUGACAGAUUUCCUGCUUUUUUGAGCUCGUAUGAUUAAUCACCCUUUCACACCUUGACUUGUUGCAGAGUGUGGGAUCGCUAGUUUCGCCGGAAUGGUCAGAGCCUUACUUAGACACCGAGGCCGUCUCGCAGCUUCAGAAGCUUUUUCAAACCUUGUACAUUGGAGAGUCGACUGGAGGGUUGUACGCCUUGAACUCCUACAUUUCUCAAGAAUAUGACAGACUUACCUCUAUUCGACCAAUGCUGGAUGGACCGAGAGAUGACGUAGGUUUUAAAUAGAAAGGCUUGAUUAGGCAGUCUUUAACUUGUUAUUAAUAACCAAUUGUAGAAAGCUAUACAAAGAGCUGACGAGAACAACGUGUACAUGAAUGUGAAGUGGAUUUUGGGGCAUCAUGAGAUUCCCGAGCUGCUGAUCAAGUCUUUAAUAGCACCUAAUUCCGAACAUAACCGUGUACCAUGGAUUCCUUAUGUUAAGGAUAACCAGGAUGUAAAAGAAAGGAUAGGUGGUAGUGGCAUAGUCGCACCUAACUACAGCAAGUACGCCAUAUCACACGACGACACCGACUUUGACUGGAGUCAUCUGUUCCAACAGGCAUGGAAGAAGAAUCCUUACGUGGUAACCUUGUUCUUGGGCGGCGUUAUCCUUCUGCUAUUGUAUGCUGCGUUUUUGUAUGGACAACAGGUAGGUUGGUCUUGAGUAAUACCAUUUUCUUAGAGAGUCACAAAUCAGAUUCUGUCGAGUCGUGGAGAGAUUCAUUCUGGUGGCAGUAGUACCCGCAACACUUUGUCUGCUCCUGGUGCUCUUGAGGAUGAAGGGUCAGCUAAUGGACCAAAAGAAAUAGGAAAACUAGCUUUUGACAGUCGGAAAAUACUCGGAAUGGGAUGUGCUGGAACCACCGUGUUUAAGUAAGUCGAGGAGUGUUGUGAUUACUGUAUUUUUAUAUGAGUACAUACAUAUGAUACAUGAUUAUUUGCUUUUAGGGGAACAUUUGAUGGACGUGAAGUGGCGGUUAAACGGGUACUGACUAGCCAGUUUAAGCUUGUAGAAAGAGAAUUAGAAUUGUUAAGGAAAAGUGAUGCUCACAAAAAUGUUAUACGAUAUUUUUGCUCAGUAAGUUUAGUUAAUAUUUGGAUAAACUUUCAUUAUUGUAAUAUUUUAUCAAAAUUACCGUAUUUUACAAAGUAAGUAAUUAUUUUGUUUUAGGAACGGGAUGACAAUUUCCAUUACAUUGCACUUGAACUGUGCGAAUGCACAUUGAGUGAUUAUGUGCGACUAAAAGACAGACGCGACAAGUAUACUUCUCAUGUCUUGGAUAUUCUAAAGCAAGCUACUGAAGGCGUAUCUCAUUUGCACUCAAUCUCUAUCGUUCAUAGGGACUUAAAGCCUCAGAAUAUUUUAUUGUCAACGCUAAAUGUUAAAGGACAUGUAAGAGUGAAGAUAUCCGACUUUGGAUUGUGCAAACAGGUCAAGUUGGGGCACGCUUCUAUAUCAAAAGUCUCCGGGUUGGUCGGAACAGAAGGAUGGAUUGCUCCUGAAGCUAUCAACAAUGCCAGUCCGAGUGUGGUAGGUGUCUAGAUUUACCUUUUUAUGGUUAAACUUUGUUGUAUAAUGUAAUUUGUAAAUUAUUUUUACUUUAGACUUAUUCGGUGGAUGUCUUCUCGUUGGGAUGUAUAUUCUACUACGUUUUAUCAGAGGGAAAACAUCCGUUUGGAGAGAGAAAUGACGUCAGACACGUUAACAUCUACAGUGGAAAGUUCAAUCUGGAACACUUGGUACAGAAGGAGGACUAUGUAGCCAUGAAUGCCAUCGAAAAAAUGGUCGAAAUGGAGCCAAAGCAACGACCGACGUCUCACGCCGUUCUGUGUCAUCCGAUAUUCUGGUCGAAUGAACGACAAUUAAGGUUCUUUUCGGUCGGUUUUCUUUUUUUUUUACUGUCGUACUGUAAAUUACUGUUAGAAAAAGAGUUUAACAAAACUUUGUUUCCAGGAUGUGAGCGACAGAAUCGAGAAAGAAGAUGAAACUUCUGAAAUCGUCCGAUGUCUGGAGAUGAACAGUUACAGGGUAGUGUCCAGUAACUGGAACGCCAAAUUGUCGUUUUCUGUUCAACAAGGUCAGUUUAUACCCAAAAAAUUUAAAUAAAAUUGGCUUUGUAUCUAAUCGGAAUUGCUUUAGAUCUUCGAAACCACCGCUCAUACAAAGGACAUUCGGUUAAAGACUUGCUACGAGCGAUCAGAAACAAGAAGAAUCACUACCAAGAGUUGCCGAUCGAAGUGCGACAAGAAUACGGGUCCAUUCCAGAUGAGUACAUGCGAUACUUCACCAGCCGGUUUCCUUAUGUAAGCAGUUUAAUGGUCUGAAAACUAUAGACUUAUUCGGUGGAAUUGUUAUAUUAUUGUGUAUUGUAAUAUCUUUAAACUACUCAUUUUCUGUUUUUUAGCUGCUGAUCCACGUGUUCAAAGUGAUGGCGUUAUGUGCAGAUGAGAGUGCAUUCGUAUCCUACUAUCCACUGGAAUCUCGAUCUUUUUGUGGUCGAGUACUACAAGAACAACUUCUGGAUGAAUUCUGUAUUCAAGGAUCCCCCAAGCGCACGAUACUACACAAAACUGUACAAUCUAGUGUACCAGCUCCAUCAAUAAGACAUCCUCCAGGAUUCGCGCCUGCUACAGUGACCGUAACUACAACUGCUGUCGCAGAUAACAAAGCACGCAGAAGGCGACGGAAGAAGCCAUCUAUGAUGGCAUUGGCGUCGACUCUGGAUCCAGACAUGGACGAUGCUGGAGACGCACAGUACGAUGACUAG